GUCCCGCUGAGUAAGGUUUAGAUAAUCAAGGCCCGGUAAACGUCUUUAUUUAGUCAACGCGUUUGGAACUACAUUUCCCUGUUAUAUCAUCAUGUCCGGUGAUACGACAUGUCGUAAAAAUGUAGUGUACAACGCCAAAACCGAGAUGGGCAUCACGGAAGACGAUUGACAGUUUCUACGUUUAUAUCCUGGAUUGUUAUCUGAAAUGUACAUCUAGUGGUACCAGGCUUCGGCACGUAGGACUGUCUGUGAAAAUGGAGGCCAUGGAAGAUGACAGUUUGGACAUAAAAGACGAUCAUAACCACAACUAUUGUGCGUGUAGCAGCAGCAGUAAAGUCCGCACGUAUCUAAACAGUCAUCCGUCUGAUGUAACCACGGUCCCGCAGCCCAUCUCUCAACCGGUGCCGGGAGGAGAACCGGGGGCUCGACAAGGAAAGCUGCGGUCCAGCAGCACUGGAGGGUCAAGGUUCAGGGCCUCGGAUUCUAGCAGCGAGAGCAGCGAAGUCAGUGAGACUGACUGCACGGCUCCGCCAACCACCGAGGGAAAAUUCACCCUCGAUUCUGCUUCCAAGUUCCUCCUGAAUGCAAUGGCAGAAGAAGACUACAGAAAAAACCAUUGGCCAAAUCUGGAGAAGGCCAUUGACCGUCUGCUAAUUCAGAAUCCCACAGACCACAUCUCUGUUUCUUAUGCACAGAUAUACAGUUAUGUCUACAAAUGUGUUUGUCAGCAGCACUCUGAGCUGCUCUACAAUGAUUUGACAUCAAAAAUAACAAAUCAUCUGCAACAAGUUUCCACCCAUCUACAAGCGAGCCCACCUGAGAACUUCAUUGAGAACUUCAACAUUGCAUUGACACAAUACACAACUUCUCUUCAAUGUGUAGUUCCUGUGUUUAUGUACCUGAACAAGUUCUACAUUGAGUCAAAGCUGAACAGAGACCUACGAGAGGAUCUGAUGAAGCUCUUUGCUGAUCACAUUGCAGAAAAACAUGUGAAAACACUGAUGCCUCUUCUCAUCAAAGCCCAUUCCAUGCCCUUUCAAGUACAGCCAUCUACAAUGGCCAGUGUGGUUAAAGGCCUCUACAGCCUCCGACCAGAGUGGGCCCAGCUAGCCCCGACUCUCUUCUCUGGCUUUAUUCCCCAAAUCAACCCCCCUGCUGUGGAGUCUUUGCUGUCCGACUACGCCGCCCAUGACCAGAAGCUCCAGAUGGAGCUCUCUAUGAACGGAUUUCCACGUGGUGACCAGUCUCGCAAACGGGCCAGUGACGACUCCUGAUGGCAGAGUUGGCGUGAGCAAAUUUGUUGCAGAACUGUUACUGUGCCUCCGACACAAGUUGGCUCACUGCACUAGGUACAAUGUUAAGAGUGUCGGCUCCAUCGCUCUCGACUCGAGGUCACGAAACACUGUGAACAACAAACAAAACAUGAUGUUGACUUGUUGAGCAGAAGCUUAAUCUCACUGCACUAAAAUAAAAGAAAAAGGAAAAAGCACACAGACUUCCAUUAUGGUGCUUUCCUCUGUGAUUAUGAUGGACCCAGCUUCAGAUCAUGUGGGAUGCUACUGCGUGUUCUCCUCAUUUGAAGAGUGCCUUCACGUAGGCGGUUUGAUCGGAUACCCUGACGAGGGAGACACUGAUUUCAUUCCUAACCUUUAAACAACGAAGUGUCUUGUAUGGUUUUGAUAGACUGGGCUUAUCAAGACUUUCUAUUGCUGCUAAUAAUACUGUCCAAUAUUAACAAUUGCUACUACAAAUCCCCACUGUGUGAAUAACCUAGUGGCUACAGUCAACACAGAUGAAAUGAAAACCAAGUCACUGACCUCAACUAUUUGAUUUGAUUUGAUUUAUUCAUUCAAGCAUGUAAUUUCACAUAUGAGAACUAUGAUUCUCUUCUUCAUGUUGCCUUUACUGUGUUGGUAGACGUGCAGUUAUGCCAAAGAGUUUUAGCAGUACUUAUUUUUUCCCUAACUUUAAAUAUUACUUUGUUUAAGCCUGGUGUGCAGGACAUUAUACCGAGUGCCAGAAAGCUUAUGGCAAACACAGGCUAGUGAGGAUUUCCUAAUUUUGCUUCUGUUUGUUUGACAGCAUAUCUAAAACCUCACUUAGCGGUAUAUAUUGAACUUGUUGCUCCAGUGAUUUAAUAAAACAAAUUAUAUACAAAUAAUGUUUUAGCCCAAGUAUGGCAGACUUGCAUUAAAUGCUCCUAACAUGUAUAUCAAACUUUGUUUUUUUUUUUUGUUUGUUUGUUUGUUUGUUUUUGCGUAGGAAUCAGUGUAAAUUAGCUUUUUUGGUGAUGCUUUCUUGUUAAAUCAACUUGAAUUGAAGCAUUUGAUACCAGAUCUUACACUGUUUUAAGUGUAAAUUGAUGCUCAGGCUUGCUUUUUGUUUCUAUCUGUUGGUCUUGGAAAUGCUUCUCAUCAUCUUUCUA